GGGAAGGGGGGGGGAACAGCGGCGACGCGGAGCGGAGCCGAGAGCACGGGGUUCAGAGCAGAGAGGCGGCGGCGGCGGCGGCGAGAGGGAGGGGAGCAGGCAGGCGGGCGCAUGGGGCGCCGCGGCCCCGCCGGCAGCGUGCCCCCUCCGGCCCGGCCGCGCUGAAGGCUCGCUGGCUCCGCGCCUAGGACCCGCGACCCGGGGCCAUGCCGGUCAUGAAGGGGUUGCUGGCCCCGCAAAACACCUUCCUGGACACCAUCGCCACCCGCUUUGACGGCACGCGUGAGUGGGGCGGACCGGGUCGGGGCUGGAGGUUCGACUUGGAGGGGCCAAGUCUCCACGGGGCUGGCCCGGGUCCCCUGGAUGUGGUGAGAUGCGAGCCGAGCGGAGAGAACGGAGUUGAGGGUCUAGGACCGCCCGGAGCCGUGGCUAAGGCACAGGGCGAGAGCGCUCUGCGAGGGGGAAGGAGGGGGCCCAGAGCGCGGAGUGGGGGCACGGGGAGGGGGUGUGACUCGAGGCAGAAGACGCUCUUUGUGCGGCGACGGAGGAGGGGCCUCGGGAGCCACCCACUCCCGGGCCGAGCUUUGCCGGGGGCGUGGGGGGGGGCGGGUAGCCGAGGCACGGGUGGGACGAAGAGGCUGGGCGUUCUAGGAGCUGCUCCCAGACGACUCCAGCUGCACGUCCCUCAAGCAAACAAAACAAACAAACAAACAAACAAAAAGGAGCAAAGACCAGGCUUCGGCAGGACCUAGUGUGGAUUAAGGUCGCUCGCCCCAUCCCACCAGGGCUGGGUCCCAGGUUCAGCACCUCGGACAGCCGCACCGCUCCUUCCCCGCCUCUUCUCCCGCCAUUCCCUCGUCCUACUCUGGAGCAGAGAUCCCCUCCCAGACCCCUCGGGAGCCCUGGCCGGGAGCUGGAGGGUGGAGGAGCGGUACCCGAGGGCGGAAACCGAGCCAACCUGGCUCUACCCGCCUCUCCACCCUCCCUCCACACACACCUCCCCCGUUUCCAUAGCACCCAUCACCAGGGAGACGGGCCCUGGGAUGGGAGAAGGAGGCUGUGCCCAGGGCUCAGAGCCUCCCAGGCACCCUCAGUGUCUGUCCCUAUCAGCCGCCCCACCCCCGGACAGUCAUCCUUCCUAGUGCCCCAGAACUGGUUGUGUCUGAGGCCCCCAUAGUCAGCUGCAACUGUCCCUGGGCGGCCCACAGCCUCCCACUCACUGGAGCCGGAGGGAGCCAGCUCAGGUUCUGUUGCUGCUGGGGGGUUGCUGGAGCUGCACCCUCCGUGCCUUCUCCUGUUGAACUCUGAGCCCUGGGGGACAGAUCCCCUGAAAAUGGCUAAAGGAAUGGGAACAAGCGGGCCUUCCCUGGGAGGCAGAGGAUGAGGACUGCUCAUCUCUGUGUCGUCCCCGCAAUAAGGAGACUUACAGCAACUUCCUGCUGGCCAACGCACAGGGCCCCCGGGGCUUUCCCAUCGUCUACUGCUCUGACGGCUUCUGUGAGCUCACUGGCUACGGCCGCACCGAGGUCAUGCAGAAGACCUGCAGCUGCCGCUUCCUCUACGGCCCAGAGACCAGUGAGCCAGCCCUGCAGCGGCUGCACAAGGCCCUGGAGGGCCACCAGGAACACCGGGCUGAAAUCUGCUUCUAUCGCAAGGAUGGCUCGGCCUUUUGGUGCCUCCUGGACAUGAUGCCCAUCAAGAACGAGAUGGGGGAGGUCGUGCUAUUCCUCUUUUCCUUCAAGGACAUCACGCCCCGUGGAGGCCCAGGACUUGGCCCCCCGGGAGGCCACGGGGACAGCAAUCAUGAAAGCUCCCUUGGCAGGAGGGGAGCCGGCUUGAAACUGCGGUCCGCCAGGCGGCAGAGCCGCACCGUCCUGCACCGACUGACCGGCCACUUCGGCCGCCGGGCCCAGCCAGGCAUGAAGGCCAAUAAUAACGUGUUUGAGCCAAAGCCAUCAGUGCCCGAGUACAAAGUGGCCUCCGUGGGGGGGUCCCGCUGCCUCCUCCUCCACUACAGCGUCCCCAAGGCCAUCUGGGACGGCCUCAUCCUCCUCGCCACCUUCUACGUCGCGGUCACUGUGCCCUACAACGUGUGCUUCGCGGGGGAUGACGACACCCCCGUCACUUCCCGACACACCCUCGCCAGCGACAUCGCCGUGGAGAUGCUCUUCAUCCUGGAUAUCAUCCUGAACUUCCGCACCACCUACGUGUCCCAGUCUGGCCAGGUGAUCUCCGCCCCUCGCUCCAUUGGCCUCCACUACCUGGCCACCUGGUUCUUCGUUGACCUUAUUGCUGCUCUGCCCUUUGACCUGCUUUACGUCUUCAACAUCACCGUGACCUCGCUGGUGCACCUGCUGAAGACCGUGCGGCUGCUGCGGCUGCUGCGGCUCCUGCAGAAGCUGGAGCGCUACUCGCAGUGCAGCGCGGUGGUGCUCACGCUGCUCAUGUCCGUCUUCGCACUCCUUGCCCACUGGAUGGCCUGCGUCUGGUACGUCAUCGGGCGCCGGGAGAUGGAGGCCAAUGACCCGCUGCUCUGGGACAUUGGCUGGUUGCACGAGCUGGGCAAGCGACUGGAGAUGCCCUACGUCAACGGCUCGGCGGGCGGCCCGUCCCGGCGCAGCGCCUACAUCGCCGCUCUCUACUUCACGCUGAGCAGCCUCACCAGCGUGGGCUUCGGCAACGUGUGUGCCAACACGGACGCCGAGAAGAUCUUCUCCAUCUGCACCAUGCUCAUUGGCGCGCUGAUGCACGCCCUGGUGUUCGGCAACGUGACGGCCAUCAUCCAGCGCAUGUACUCGCGCCGCUCGCUCUACCACAGCCGCAUGAAGGACCUCAAGGACUUCAUCCGCGUGCACCGCCUGCCGCGGGCGCUCAAACAGCGCAUGCUCGAGUACUUCCAGACCACGUGGGCCGUCAACAGCGGCAUCGAUGCCAACGAGUUACUGCGCGACUUCCCGGACGAGCUGAGAGCUGACAUUGCCAUGCACCUGAAUCGGGAGAUCCUGCAGCUGCCGCUGUUUGGAGCAGCAAGCAGGGGCUGCCUGCGGGCCCUGUCCCUGCACAUCAAGGCCUCGUUCUGUGCCCCGGGCGAGUACCUGCUGCGCCGUGGGGACGCUCUGCAGGCGCACUACUACGUCUGCUCCGGCUCACUCGAGGUGCUGCGAGACAACAUGGUGCUGGCCAUCCUGGGGAAGGGGGACCUGAUUGGAGCAGAUAUCCCUGAGCCAGGGCAGGAGCCUGGCUCAGGGGCAGGCUCGAGUGGCGUGCUGAAGACCAGCGCCGACGUGAAAGCGCUGACCUACUGUGGCCUGCAGCAGCUGAGCAGCCGGGGGCUGGCUGAGGUCCUGCGGCUCUAUCCUGAGUACAGAGCUGUCUUCCGGGCUGGCUUGCUCCGGGACCUCACCUUCAACCUGCGCCAGGGCUGUGACACCAGCGGCCUGGGCCGCUUCUCCCGAUCCCCUCGCCUCUCCCAGCCACACUCCGAAAGCCUCGGCUCCUCCUCAGAGAAGACUCUGCCAUCCAUCACGGAGGCCGAGGGUGGCGUGGAGCCGGGGGGUGGUCCCCGGCCACGCCGGCCCCUCCUGCUGCCCAACCUCAGCCCAGCACGGCCUCGGGGCUCCCUGGUGCUCUGCUGCCUGGAAGCCCCCCCAGCUCCUCAUCCCCCCACUGGGAACCUGUGGACCUCCGGACCUCAGUCCCCGGUGAGAUGCCAGCCUCCCUUGCCUUCCCUGUACCCCCACUGGCUUCCAGAACCUUCUAUGGGCUCCAUCCCCAGCGUUCCAACCAGCGCUCCUUCCUGUCUCUGCCCCACUUGCCGGCCCCACGCUUCCAGCCACCCUUGCCACUCCGCCCGCUUUGCCCGCUGCAUUUCCCCAUCUCCCUGGCUCCGCCGCCCCCACCCACCUCUGCCUGCUGUGCUCCGGCCCUUGCCUCCCGUGGUGCUGAUGAGCACUGCCCGGGUCCCCAGGAUAGUGGAUGGCAUCGAGGACGCUGGCAGCACAGCUGAGGCCCCCACGUUCCGGUUCAGCAGGCGGCCUGAGGUCUCGAGGCCUCGCUCGCAGGCGCCCCCUACAGGGACCAGGCCCGGCCGGGAGCUGGCCACCUCUGAGGCUGAAGAAGUGAAGGAGAAAGUCUGCAGGCUGAACCAGGAGAUCUGCCGCCUCAACCAGGAAGUGUCUCAGCUUAGCCGGGAGCUGCGGCACAUGAUAGGCCUGCUGCAGGCCAGGCUGGGGGCUCCAGGCCACCCAGCAGGCCCGGCUUGGCCCCUACAGUUUCCUUGCCGCCAGCAGAGGCCGCCAUGCAUCUCUCCAUGUGGAUCGGGACCACCCCCUGGCCUCCAAGAUACUACACUUGCUGAAGUCCACUGCCCGGCCAGUGUGGGAGCAGCAGAGGUGGCGGCCACGCCCCUGGACCUGAGGCCUUCCAUGCUGCCCCCCUGCCCCUCAGAACAUGACCCUCUGGGACCCUCGCCGGUGCCAGAGGGCCCAGCCCCAUCCCCACGCCUCCCAAGGCACAGUUUCCGGUCCAGAUCAGACACAUUCCACUGACCCUGGCUCCGGGGCUCAGGCCUGUCUGGGGCGGGCAUUGCUGCCUGCCAUCCAAGGAGGAGCUGGGCCCCUCGGCCCCCUGCCUGGAGGUCAGCAGCCACCAGCUGGUCUGGGUGGCUCUGGGUUCUCUGGACUUUGUAACCAGGUGUGGCUUCCUCUGACCCUGUCCCCUUCACCGAGCUUUUCCCGAUCCUCGUCCUCCGUGAGCAGGGCCACCCAAGGCCGUGGGAUCCAACCGGCAUGAGAUGCACCGCAGUGCCCGCUGGGCUGGGCAGGCAGACGAGAUGUCCGACUCUCGACCCUAGGACCUGCAGGCAGGCUGUCACUCCACUCAAGGUGGUCCCUUCUGCUGCCAGCCACUCUGAACUCGCUCAGCAGCGCCCCCUGUCCGCCCUCCGCCGCCAGCCUCAGCUCAGCCUGUUCUCUCCCUUCCAACACGCUCUCACCCAGGACCUGGACGCCUCAAAAACCUGCCUUGAUCUCCAGCUGUCCUUCAGCACCAACAUCCUGGUCUAACUUUUGGAUAGGAAAUAAACUUUAUUUUUGGA